AGACAGAGAAGAAGCGAGAGCGAGCGAGAGAGAAAUGGCGCAACCAAGCAAAGAACCCUGCAAGAAAGAGGCUUGCGACAUCCAAGCCUGUCUUUCCAAAAACAAUUUUCUUCCUCAAAGGUGCCAGAGAGUGAUAGAGAUGUUACAGGCUUGUUGUGAGAGAUGCAAUAACGAGUCAACACAUUGUGGAUCUGUAGCUGCUCUCUUGAAGCAAAUCAAGAACGCUGUUCCCGUUACCGGAAUCCGGCAGCGAUGCCUCAGGAUGGUCACUUCUUGCGUAUCCAACGCUCAGAAAUCCGUCCUGAAUGGUACCACCGACGCCGUCUCUGUCGUCGGGCGGGAGCAGAUUCGUCUUGGUCUUCCUAGCAAGGGACGCAUGGCCGCCGAUUCCCUGGAUCUUCUCAAGGAUUGCCAAUUGUUUGUCAAACAAGUUAAUCCACGGCAAUAUGUUGCUCAAAUUCCUCAGUUACCAAAUACUGAAGUUUGGUUUCAACGGCCAAAAGACAUUGUAAGGAAGUUGCUCUCAGGAGAUCUGGAUUUAGGCAUCGUUGGUCUUGACAUAGUUGGUGAAUUUGGUCAGGGAAAUGAAGAUCUUAUCAUUGUCCAUGAAGCUCUCAACUUUGGAGAUUGUCAUCUUUCCCUUGCGAUACCCAACUAUGGAAUAUUUGAGAAUAUAAAAUCUCUGAAGGAGCUAGCACAAAUGCCUCAAUGGACCGAGGAAAGACCUUUACGAGUUGCUACAGGAUUCACUUAUCUAGGCCCCAAAUUUAUGAAAGACAACGGUAUAAAGCAUGUGACUUUUUCAACUGCAGAUGGAGCCCUAGAGGCAGCUCCUGCGAUGGGGAUAGCUGAUGCCAUUUUAGACCUUGUGAGCAGUGGGACAACCCUUAAAGAGAAUAACUUAAAAGAGAUUGAAGGAGGGGUUGUACUGAAGAGUCAGGCUGCACUAGUGGCGAGCAGAAGGGCAUUGACUGAGAGAAAAGGAGCACUAGAAACAGUGCAUGAGGUUCUCGAGAGAUUAGAGGCUCAUUUGAAGGCAGAUGGUCAAUUCACCGUGGUUGCAAACAUGAGAGGAACGGAUGCUGAGGAAGUGGCUGAACGUGUGAAAACCCAACCAUCAUUAACAGGAUUGCAGGGACCAACUAUAAGUCCAGUUUACUGUAAACGAGAUGGAAAAGUAUCAAUUGAGUACUAUGCCAUUGUGAUAUGUGUACCCAAAAAAGCUCUGUAUGAGUCUGUGCAGCAACUGAGAGCGGUGGGAGGAAGUGGGGUACUGGUUUCACCUCUAACAUACAUUUUUGAUGAGGAGACUCCCAGAUGGAGUCAGCUUCUGAGUAAACUAGGCCUGUGAUGCUGCUUCUCAGACAUAGUUUGGUUUAGUCAGAUGCAUUCGUAGGAGGAACUCUUUGGGUCAAACACUACAAUGUUUUUUUCUCUUUCAGUGUGGAUCUUUUAGAAGAAAAACAGAGGUCGCCUCUUUUAAGCCUUUUAAGUCCAUCUUUGCCUAAUGGACUAAAACCCUUUCAGGUAG